CCGCGGAGACUCCGCCCAUAGCAGCGAUGAGGAAAGUAACGCUAGCUAAGUUGUUUUCCUGUAGCCGGAUGACGCCAAAUAACAUUUAUUCUCGUUGGCUAAUUUACUAAUACGGUUGCUUUUACAUGUUCCGUGUAACAUAUAGUGAGCUUUAGGUAAUAUACAAGACGCCUGGACUCGAAGAAAUCUACACUUAAGGACUCGUUCAGCUGACUUGCAAGGUAGUUAACCUAGCCAGCUAGCAGAGUGGUAUGGUCAGAGCAGGUAACUAUGACAACUCGUUAACCGUCACGCUCCUAGGCAGGUAAUGUUGCUGUCCCGGUGUAAGGUAACGUUAGCGUUAAGGAUGCUGUGUCUCAUCAGUCUCGUAUGAGCUCUUGAGCGUCAAGGGGUGUGUGUGCUAGCUGCAAGCGUUGGUGCUUUGAAUUAGCCACCCACCCGCACAGACAGGCCGAGCUGGCUGGUUUCUUUCUCCCGUGGCCGUCAGACGUCGCCGUGUUGUGCACAAACUGAAUGUCAUGGUUUCCUGGAGCCAUGUCUUGUAAAUCCAAAGUGGCCCCGAGUGUCGACUUCGACCACAGCUGCUCGGACAGCGUUGAGUAUUUGACACUUAACUUUGGUCCCUUUGAGACCGUCCAUCGCUGGAGGCGGCUUCCACCCUGCGACGAGUUUGUGGGUGCGAGACGCAGCAAGCAUACAGUUGUGGCAUACAGGGAUGCUAUCUACGUGUUUGGAGGGGACAAUGGGAAGAACAUGCUUAACGACCUGCUGCGUUUUGAUGUGAAGGACUGUUCAUGGUGUCGGGCCUUUACUACUGGCACCCCACCUGCACCCCGAUAUCACCACUCUGCUGUCGUUUAUGGAAGCAGCAUGUUCGUGUUUGGUGGCUACACAGGUGAUAUCUAUUCGAACUCUAACCUCAAGAACAAAAAUGAUCUGUUUGAGUACAAGUUCGCUACCGGUCAGUGGACAGAGUGGAAGGUGGAGGGGAGGUUAGUAGCAAGGUCUGCCCAUGGAGCCACAGUCUAUAAUGACAAGCUGUGGAUUUUUGCUGGCUAUGAUGGAAAUGCAAGGCUAAAUGACAUGUGGACCAUCAGUCUUCAGGAUCGUGAACAGGCUUGCUGGGAAGAGAUAGAACAGAGUGGUGAGAUUCCCCCCUCCUGCUGUAACUUCCCGGUAGCUGUAUGUCGGGACAAGAUGUUUGUCUUCUCUGGUCAGAGUGGAGCCAAAAUCACCAACAACCUUUUCCAGUUUGAGUUUAAAGGUCACAUGUGGACCCGCAUCCCGACUGAGCACUUACUGAGAGGCUCACCACCUCCACCUCAGAGACGCUAUGGCCACACAAUGGUAGCGUUCGACCGCCACCUCUACGUGUUUGGGGGAGCAGCCGAUAACACUCUGCCCAACGAGCUCCACUGCUAUGAUGUGGACUCGCAGACCUGGGAGGUGAUUCAGCCCAGCACAGAUAGUGAGAUGCCUAGUGGGAGACUCUUCCAUGCAGCGGCAGUAAUCCAUGAUGCCAUGUACAUCUUUGGAGGAACAGUUGACAACAAUGUUCGCAGUGGAGAGAUGUACAGGUUUCAGUUCUCUUGUUAUCCAAAAUGCACUCUUCAUGAAGACUAUGGCAAGCUUUGGGAGAACAGACAGUUCUGUGAUGUGGAGUUCAUCUUAGGAGAGAGAGAAGAGAGGGUUCUGGGCCAUAUUGCCAUAGUAACAGCACGCUGCCAAUGGUUGCGGAAAAAGAUUCUCCAGGCCAGAGAUCGACAGAAACAGAAGGGUAAGCAGGAGGCAGGUGAAGAUAGCGAGGAGGCUGCAGCGAGCAAACAGAAGGACAGCAAGUCAUCAGGAGGCCCUCCUCUGCUGGAGGUUUCCAUCAGGGAGGCGGAGGCUCAGCCGUUUGAGGUGCUGAUGCAGUUCCUGUACACAGAUAAGAUCCAGUAUCCACGCAGAGGCCACGUUCAGGAUGUCCUGUUGAUUAUGGAUGUGUAUAAACUUGCCUUGAGCUUCAAACUGUCCCGCCUGGAGCAGCUGUGUGUGCAGUACAUCGAGGCAUCGGUCGACCUGCAGAAUGUCCUCAGUGUCUGUGAAAAUGCUAACAAGCUUCAGCUUGACCAGCUCAAGGAGCAUUGCCUUAACUUUGUGGUGAAGGAGAGCCACUUUAACCAAGUGAUUAUGACUAAGGAGUUUGAGCACCUUUCUACUCCUCUCAUCGUGGAGAUAGUAAGGAGAAAACAGCAUCCACCUCCCAGAGUCUAUUCUGAUCAGCCAGUGGAUAUAGGCACAUCUCUAGUGCAGGACAUGAAGGCUUAUCUGGAAGGGGCAGGGCUUGAAUUCUGUGACAUAAUCCUGUUGUUGGACGGUCAUCCUCGACCAGCCCACAAAGCCAUACUGGCAGCCCGUUCCAGCUAUUUUGAGGCAAUGUUUCGCUCCUUCAUGCCUGAGGAUGGUCAGGUGAACAUCUCCAUAGGAGAGAUGGUGCCCAGCAAACAGGCCUUCGAGUCCAUGCUGCGCUACAUUUACUAUGGAGAUGUCAACAUGCCCCCAGAAGACUCACUAUACCUGUUUGCAGCACCAUAUUACUAUGGCUUCUCCAACAACAGACUGCAGGCUUAUUGCAAGCAGAACCUGGAGAUGAAUGUUACUGUGGAGAAUGUUUUGCAGAUACUUGAAGCAGCUGAUAAGACUCAGGCUCUGGACAUGAAGAAGCAUUGUCUGCAUAUUAUAGUCCACCAGUUUAUCAAGGUGUCCAAGCUCCCCAACCUGCGAUCGCUCAGCCAGCCCCUGCUGUUGGACAUCAUAGAGUCUCUGGCAUCACACAUAUCAGAUAAACAGUGCGCUGAGAUGAGCUCCGACAUAUAGGCAUGUUCUCUUCUCUUCUCUUCUCUUCUCUUCUCUUCUCUUCUCUUCUCUUCUCUUCUCUUCUCUUCUCUCUUUUUCAUUUAUUCAGCCAUCUCAUGUAGUAUAUAAUUUAUCUUUCCCUUUCCAUGCCUGUUCCCCCUGUAGAUUAUCAGAAUGGUCAAAUAAUGAAGGCUUUGUGUAGACCCUGUGGACACCACAGUAUGCACAGAUAGGAAGAAGUAGUAAUGCUUUGUUGACUGGCAUCUCUGUGGCGAUAAGUGAGGAAUGUACAUUACCCAUGUGCACCCUAUGUAACCAAAUCUGUCUGCAAUUUACAGUCAUAUGCAAAAGUUUGAAAACCCCUGGUAAAAUUACACGUUAUGUAACAUGUUAUGUAAGAAAAUAAUUUACAUAUCUUUGCAGGGAGCAACCUAAACUAUGGCAUUUUCUGCAAAUUCUAGAGCAAAUUUGUACUUAUUUGCUUAUUUAACAUAUUGGAAAAAAUGCCAUGUUUUCCAAAAGAACAUUUUAUUUUUUUCUCCAUACUGUACAAACAAACAAAUAGUAAUAGUGCACAGAAAUGUAAAAGUGUGCUGUCUGUAGAGGAUGUGUACACUUUGGCAUACAACUGUAUCUGCGUGGUCUUUAUGAUUACUUAAGCAAACUACUGGUCUCUCACAAAUGCAAUAUGUUGAUUGAGCUCUGUACUAACAGCUUUACAGUACUGGAUUCCUAGAAAUGAAAUGAACAUACCUAUAUUAAUCAUGACACUUACAUGGACAAGGGUAUUUGACAAAUAAAAUAACUGUCACUUAAUUUCUGUUUGUACUAAUUGUAUAGUUAAUCGUUUGUAUUAAGUUCUCUGUAUUGCAGUUAGUACUUUAUAUCUCUCAUUUUUUUAUAAACAAUGCACCAUGUAAAUAUGAAAUAUGUAAAUCUAUUUAUUCCUUAACUCUUUGUUGUUUAACCUCUUUUCAGCAUCAACAGUAAUUGGUUGUAAUAUCGCUGACUGUAAGCCAAAUGACACGUACAGCCUCACAAUUCAGUGUUAUUGUAUCAUUUAUGUACUGUGACCGCAGAGAAAAAGCUUGAUUGCUUCUGUUACCACUGUAUGACAUGUUUGUUAAUAAACCAUAAACAGGUU